AUGGCCAACGCUGCUCAGCAAGCGGCUCCUGUCCCUCCUCCGGACUCCCCUCCGAUUCUGCGGUUCAUAAGUGACGCCUGGACGAGCCAUCGCGCGCGCGGGACGUUCUGGGCGUUGAUGGCACAGCUGGAGGAUGCUACAACGGUGGUCAACUUUGUGCUUCCAAAUGACUACGCCGAUGCCGUGCAGUCGCGCGAGCGUUGGCAGGGCUGGCUUGAUCUGAUUGAGCACCCACACGGUCAGGGGAUCCUCCCGGCAACCACUACCGCCCGCCAACGCGCCGCUCUUCGCGGGCUUGCGCGCGUCCUCAUCAGCUUCGGGAUCGAGAACUCGUACGACCAUCCGGAGCAGGACUGGGUGCACCUGUUCGAUCGCAUGCGGAGGGCCGCUGCCACGGAGGGGCUAACCGGCGAGGAACAACUCGAGCUGGUGCUCGACUGGGCCCGUGCUGAGUACAAGGCCUUUAGGGAGUGGAAACACGCGCGCACUGAACCCGGCGGUGACAUUGGCGGCGAUACGACGCAUGGUGGACCAUCUGCAGCACAUGCGGUGGCCUCGGAGGGCGCUGUCUCGGAUGGUGACACCAGUGACAGCAGCAUGCCGUCCUUGCUCACAGUGGGCGGCUCAGACUCGGAGUAG